UUGAGCUCCCAGGAAGGAUCAGAUGCUCUGAGAGGCCUCUGCUUUAUUUCACCCCCGUGGAGAGGUGCUAAAUGAUUCUUCCACUCUUUUUUUAACUGGUUUGGGCUGAAAAGAAGAGGCUGAACAAAGGGACAGAUGUGGUGGAGAAAAGAGGUCCAUACAUCAUGAGCAAACCUCCCUCCAUCCAGGCCAAGCUGAAGAGGCAGCGGGAGCUGGCAAAGGCAGCGCUGCGAAGGCAGGGGCUGCUGGGGGCACCCACUGCCCUGAAACCAACUCCUAAAAGGUCUGUGAAGUUCAACAAGGGCUACACAGCACUCAGCCAGACAGCUGAUGAAAACCUGGUCUCCCUCGACUCAGACAGCCCCCAUUUCCUGCCCAGCUCUGUUUCUUUUCCCCUCAGUGACGGGGAGCCAGGAUCCAGGUGUUCCUCGGGAUACUCCUCCGCUGAGCAGGUGACCCAGGACAUGAGCCGGCAGCUGCUGCAGGACGGGUACCACCUCGACGAGGUCCCCGAUGAUGAAGACCUGGAUCUCAUCCCCCCAAAACCUGCUGCCUCCUCUUCUUGCCCCUGCUGUUUUGGAGAAAAUUUCUCCUGUGUGAUCCAGUAGCUGCACAAGAACAGGUCAAAAUCCAGCACUUUCUUUGUCCCGUGGGAUGGCUGGUGGGUGUCCGGGUCCCACGCCAGGACGGUGGCACAAGGACUGAACGAUGCUGCUCGUGGCAGAGACCAGCUGACUCCAAAAGACUUCUCCUUACACUCAGCAAUACCAGGGGGAGGUGGCACAGUGACAUUCUGGUGACCUGCAUGUUACCUGGCACUUGGCUGGGGUGGGAAGGGAGGACAGGCAGGGCCUGGCACCUCCCCGGGGUUUAAAGGGAAGGAUUUGGGAGUUUCUGGGGUUGGAGCUAAUGGCUUAUUCCCAUUCUCCUCAACGCUGCUUUGAUGCAGGUGAGGCACAGCCCAGGCCCCCCAUCCCAGCUCUGCACAGGGCUUGGAUUUGGGGGGCUGGAGAUCCUCCCUGCUGCAAACCAUAAACGCUGCCUUAAACCAUGGUCCUGCUCUAUGACAUAGAGGACAAUCAGCUUCUUAUACAGAAACCUUAUUUAAAUAUUUCAUGUCAAGAGACAUGAACUGGUUGGGUGGGGGGCAUGUUUGUUUGUUUGUUUUUGUAUCUUACUUGUAAAAGGGAGCACUUAAUAAACUGGAUCUCAUUACUCAGAAGGGGUGCUGUGAGGGGGACUCCUGUGUUCUCUCAUCACAUUUUACUCUUUUCCUGUGCCUGAAGAGCAAGGGGGGGAAUCACAGCCAGCGUUGGGGGG